AGAUGUGACGUAGUGGUUGAGACUGAUAGGAGGACCCGGGGUUGGGUCUUGGCGGUUAAUGAGUGUUUUAUUAUUACCUUUUAUGUUGUAGAGUGAUGUUAAUGUAUGUAUAGUAGUGAGUAGUAAAAAUACUGGUUUUUGAUACGAGUGGUUUUUAUUAAAAUACUAAACCCGUAAACAUGGCGCAGUCGAAGUGAACGGGGCAAAAACAUUGUCUUGGUCGUGUGCGAGUUAACGAAAAAAUAAUUCUUCAAAAUCAUGGAGCAGGAGGAAAAACCAGGGAAAGGAAGCGAGGUGAAAAACCUCCAGAAUAUGCAGACGAUGACUUCAAAAGUAAUUGGACCCAACACUGAAGCUGGCGAGAUGCUGAAAAGCUUCUGAUAAAGCAACACAGCAAGUUUGGCAGUUCAAAUUGAUUUGUAAUGACCUAAUUACAGGAGCUGACUUUACCUGGAGGUCUGCCUAUGCUUGUCGUACAUGGUGGUGCCGGAGAUAUCCCAACUUCAAGGAUCCAGCCGAAAUUAGACGGAGUGAAAAAAUCCGCUCUAGCUGGGUAUGAAGUAUUGAAGAAAACAAAUAAUGUUUUCGAUGCGAUAGAAGCUGCCAUUCAUGUAAUGGAGGACGAUGAAGCGUUUAAUGCUGGCAGAGGUUCGGUUUUGAACUUAGCAGGAGAGGUUGAAAUGGAAGCUUUAAUAAUUGAAGGCAAACACUUCAAUGCUGGUGCAGUCACACUUGUGAAAAACAUUGCCCAUCCAAUUUCUUUAGCGAGGAUGGUCUUGGAGAAAACACCACACAGAUUUUUAGGAGGUGCAGGCUUGGAAGAAUUUAUUGUUAAGAACAAAAUCCCUCGAGUGAACGAUAGUUACCUUAUUACGGAAACUGCAAAAAGGGCUCUUGAGAAUUUUAAAAAUAUGGAUUCUCAAGUUCCUACGAAGACUGAAAUUGGCCCUGAUGAAGGUGGUGUCGGUACUGUUGGAUGUGUCGCUGUGGACACAAAUGGCCAUGUCGCUUCAGGAACUUCAACAGGAGGAAUAACAGGAAAGUACAAAGGAAGGAUAGGCGAUACUCCUAUAAUUGGCAGUGGGGGUUACAGUGAUGAUGAUAUCGGUGCUGUUUCAACCACCGGCCAUGGUGAAUCCAUCAUGCCAUACAACCUUGCUCACAGGAUUCUGACAGAAAUAGCAUCAGGAAAUUCAGCACAAAAAGCUACCCAGGUCUCAUGUGAGAAUAUGACUAAUCGUUUCAAGAAUACAGCUGGGGCAAUAACAGUAAGCAACAAAGGUGAUGUUGGUGUUGGCUUCACGUCGAAGAGGAUGGCAUGGGCUUAUGUUCAUAAUGGCGAGGUUCAUUAUGGUAUCGACCAUGGUCAACAUCUAGUGGAAAAAAUUUAAAAAUAAUACAUUAACUUAUUAACUAUUGUAAAAAUUGAUUUCUGUGUUAAAAAAAGUACUGACAAAAAAUUUGUUAAUUCAACUAUUUCAAUAAACCGGGUUUCAAUUGUAAUAGAAAAUU